GUCGGGAUAUUAACUUUCUAACAGAGGACAAUACAGGUUUGGGAAAAUACAGCGUCCACGUUUCCUGCAACUUCACCAGAACGAGCUGGUGGAGUGGUUGCCAUGGUGGACAAAAUGUCAAGUUUCCUGCACACCGGGGAUGUGUGCUCCCUUUAUGCUGAAGGCUCUACCAGUGGCUUCAUAAGCACACUGGGGUUGGUUGAUGACCGAUGUGUUGUCCAACCAGAUGCAGGGGAUCUGAACAACCCACCAAAGAAAUUCAGGGACUGCCUGUUCAGACUGUGUCCCAUGAACAGAUACUCGGCACAAAAACAGUUCUGGAAAGCUGCCAAACCUGGAGGAACCAGCACCACAGACACAGUUCUGCUCAACAAACUCCAUCAUGCUGCUGAUUUAGAGAAGAAACAAAAUGAAUCAGAAAACAAAAAGCUUCUAGGGACAGUUAUUCAGUACGGCAACGUCAUCCAGCUUCUUCAUCUAAAGAGUAAUAAGUAUCUGACAGUGAAUAAGCGUUUGCCGGCUCUUCUGGAGAAGAAUGCUAUGCGUGUGACACUGGAUGCUGCAGGGAAUGAAGGCUCCUGGUUCUACAUCCAACCUUUCUACAAGCUCCGCUCUAUAGGUGACAAUGUGGUUAUUGGAGAUAAGGUUGUGCUAAACCCAGUAAAUGCUGGACAGCCGCUUCAUGCCAGUGACCAUCAUCUUGUGGAUAAUCCAGGAUGCAAUGAAGUGAAUUCAGUGAACUGCACCACCAGUUGGAAAAUUGUUCUCUUCAUGAAAUGGAGCGACAACCAGGAGGUUGUCUUGAAAGGGGGCGAUGUAGUCAGGCUGUUCCAUGCCGAACAGGAGAAGUUUCUAACAUGUGAUGAACACAGAAAAAAGCAGUAUGUGUUCUUGCGUACCACUGGGCGCCAGUCUGCAACAUCUGCUACCAGCAGCAAAGCACUCUGGGAGAUAGAGGUAGUUCAGCAUGAUCCGUGCAGAGGUGGGGCAGGCUACUGGAACAGCCUCUUUAGAUUCAAACACUUGGCGACCGGCCAUUACCUUGCUGCAGAGGUAAAUCAAGACUAUGAAGAAGAAUGCCAGGAGUCACGUUCCUCUCUGGACUCUGAGCAGGAAGUGAUGCGGGCACGUGUUCGUAACCCUCCAGAUAAAGUUAUGUACACACUAGUGUCUGUUCCUGAUGGCAAUGACAUCUCCUCUAUAUUUGAGCUUGACCCCACCACACUAAGAGGGGGAGACUCACUUGUGCCUAGGAACUCAUAUGUGAGGCUCAGGCAUCUCUGCACCAAUACGUGGGUCCACAGCACAAACCAGCCAAUAGACAAAGAUGAAGAGAAACCAGUCAUGCUAAGAAUAGGAACAUCUCCUCUGAAAGAAGAUAAAGAGGCCUUUGCUAUAGUGCCUGUGUCUCCAGCUGAGGUCAGGGAUCUGGAUUUUGCAAAUGAUGCCAGUAAAGUCCUAGCUUCCAUUGCAGCCAAACUUGAGAAGGGCACCGUUACGCAGAAUGAGCGGAGAUCAGUGACGAAGCUGCUGGAGGAUCUGGUUUAUUUUGUGGUGGACAUUCCUAGCAGUGCUCAGGAUGUGUUGGAGAUCACAGUCAACAAACCCAACAGAGAGCGGCAGAAACUCAUGAGAGAACAGAACAUACUCAAACAGAUCUUUAAGCUGUUGCAGGCCCCUUUCACUGACAGUGGUGACGGCCCUAUGCUGCGAUUGGAGGAGCUUGCAGAUCAACGCCACGCACCGUUUCGUCACAUUUGUCGACUAUGCUACAGAGUCCUGCGUCAUUCACAGCAAGAUUAUAGGAAAAAUCAGGAGUACAUAGCAAAGCAGUUCCGCUUUAUGCAGAAACAGAUAGGAUAUGAUGUUCUUGCUGAAGACACCAUCACAGCUCUGCUGCACAACAACAGAAAGCUCCUAGAGAAACACAUCACUGCAGCUGAGAUAGACACAUUUGUCAGUCUGGUGCGCAAGAACAGAGAGCCCAGAUUUCUUGACUACCUGUCAGAUCUGUGUGUUUCGAUGAAUAAGUCCAUCCCUGUCACUCAAGAGCUCAUCUGUAAUGCUGUGUUGGACCCAGCAAAUGCAGACAUCCUCAUUGAAACGAAACUUGUGUUGUCACGGUUCGAGGUGGCGGGGACAGUGCUAGGUGAAAGCGCAGAGGAGGAAGAAGAGGAUGAAGAAGAGGUGUGGUUGUUCUGGAAGGACAGCAGAGGAGAGUUGAAAAGUAAGAGCAUAAGAGAACUUGCUCAGGAUGCCAAAGAGGGACAUACAGAAGACCAGGAAGUUAUAAAUUAUUACAGGUAUCAACUGAAUUUGUUUGCACGAAUGUGUCUGGAUCGGCAGUAUUUGGCCAUUAACAAGAUAUCAGCACAACUGGAUGUGGACCUGAUCCUGCGCUGCAUGUCAGAUGAAGAUUUGCCCUUUGACCUCCGAGCCUCAUUCUGUCGCAUGAUGUUGCACAUGCACGUGGACCGUGACCCUCAAGAGCAGGUCACGCCUGUCAAAUAUGCUCGACUGUGGUCCGAAAUUCCUUCACAAAUUGCCAUUGAUGAUUAUGAUAAUGACGGGACAUCACGUGAUGAAGUGAAGGAGCGCUUCUCUCAGACAAUGGAGUUUGUGGAGAAUUACCUGCGGGAUGUCGUGUGCCAGAGUUUCCCGUUCUCUGACAAGGAGAAAAACAAGCUCACUUUUGAGGUGGUGAACCUGGCGAGAAACCUGAUUUAUUUUGGCUUCUACAACUUCAGUGACCUGCUGAGGUUGACUAAAAUCCUGCUGGCCAUCCUGGACUGUGUUCAUAUCAGCACCCCCUUCACCAUCAAGCCGGACAGAGAGCCUGGAAAAGGAAGUGUGAUGCGGUCCAUACACGGGGUGGGAGAGCUGAUGACUCAGGUGGUGUUGAGGGGUGGGGGAUUUCUGCCAGCUACACCCCACAACCCUCCUGACAGAGGGGCAGUUAAAGCCCAAACUGAACCUCAGAAACAAGACAUACUGGUGAUGGACACCAAACUCAAGAUCAUUGAGAUCCUGCAGUUUAUUUUGAAUGUGCGAUUGGACUACAGGAUCUCAUGCCUGCUCUGUAUUUUUAAGACAGAGUUUGAUGAGAGCACUUCUCAGACAGAGCCAUCUAUAAACCAAGACUCUCCUGCCAGUGUUCAAGGUGCCCUGGACUUUGAGCACAUUGAAGAGCAGGCAGAAGGGAUUUUUGGAGGAAGUGAAGAGAACACUCCAUUGGAUCUUGAUGAUCAUGGUGGCCGUACGUUUUUGAGGGUCCUGCUGCACCUGACCAUGCAUGAUUAUCCUCCACUGGUGUCACGUGCUCUACACCUGCUCUUCCGACACUUCAGUCAACGGCAGGAGGUCUUACAGGCUUUCAAACAGGUUCAGCUCCUGGUGACCAGUCAGGAUGUGGAGAAUUACAAACAGAUCAAGUCAGAUCUGGACCAGCUGAGGUCUGUAGUUGAGAAAUCAGAGUUAUGGGUGUAUAAGAGACAGGGGUCAGACACAGGAGAAGGCACCACUGAAGCUCACCACAAGGGUGACAACAACUCAAAUAGACCUAACAAACCCAAAGUUGAGAGCAGCAGUAGCUCUAACUACAGAGUCGUAAAGGAGAUCUUGCUAAGGCUGAGUAAAUUGUGUGUAUUGGAGGGCAUCUCUGGCAAGAAGAAUAAGAAACAGCAACAGCGGCUCCUCAGGAACAUGGGUGCUCACAGUGUGGUACUGGAACUGCUGCAGAUCCCAUACGAGAAGGGGGAGGAUGUUCAGAUGCAGGAGAUAAUGACUUUAGCCCAUCAAUUCCUGCAGAACUUCUGUGCUGGAAAUCAACAGAACCAGACACUACUUCACAAACACAUUAACCUGUUCCUCAACCCGUGGAUUCUGGAGGCAGUGACCAUGCAGCAUAUCUUCAUGAAUAAUUUCCAGUUGUGCAGUGAGAUUAACGAGCGAGUGGUGCAGCACUUUGUGCACUGCAUUGAGACGCAUGGCCGCAGUGUGCACUACCUAAAAUUCCUGCAGACUAUUGUCAAGGCUGAGAACAAGUUUAUCAAGAAAUGCCAAGACACUGUCAUGGCUGAGCUGGUGACAGCAGGUGAGGAUGUGCUGGUGUUUUAUAACGACAGAGCAUCUUUUCAAUCAUUGGUCCAAAUGAUGCGUCUUGAGAGGGAGCGGCAAGAUGAGAACAGUGCACUCAGGUAUCAUGUCCACUUGGUGGAGCUGCUGGCUGUGUGCACUGAAGGGAAGAAUGUCUACACUGAGAUCAAGUGUAACUCACUGCUCCCCCUCGAUGAUAUUGUACGUGUGGUCACGCAUGAAGACUGCAUCCCUGAGGUGAAGAUGGCCUAUGUGAACUUCCUGAAUCACUGCUAUGUGGAUACAGAAGUUGAGAUGAAGGAGAUCUACACCAGUAAUCACAUGUGGAAACUAUUUGAUGAUUUCCUAGUUGACAUCUGCAGAGUUUGCAAUAACACGAGUGACCGUAAGCAUGCCGACACAGUUCUGGAGCGCUACGUCACAGAGACCAUCAUGAGCAUCGUCACCACUUUUUUCAGCUCACCGUUCUCAGACCAGAGUACUAGUUUGCAGACCCGGCAGCCAGUGUUUGUGCAGCUGCUCCAGGGAGUUUAUCGUGUGUAUCACUGCAACUGGCUGCUCUCAAGUCAGAAGGGCAAUGUUGAAGCGUGUAUUAAAGUGCUGAGUGACGUGGCAAAAGGCAGAGCUAUAGCUAUUCCAGUGGACCUGGACUGUCAAGUGAACAAUCUAUUCAUGAAGUCCAACAGCAUUGUUCAGAAAACAGCCCUAAGCUGGAGAAUGUCCGUCCGCAACGCUACACUCAGAGAUUCUAUUCUGACCACCUCCAGAGACUACCGCAACAUCAUUGAAAGACUCCAGGAUAUAGUGUCAGCUUUGGAGGAGCGGUUGAGGCCUCUGGUUCAGGCUGAGCUGUCGGUGUUGGUGGAUGUUCUGCAUCGGCCAGAACUGCUGUUCCCAGAACACACAGAAGCUCACCGCAAGUGUGAGAGUGGAGGAUUCAUCUGCAAGUUAAUAAAACAUACCAAGCAACUUCUGGAGGAAAAUGAGGAAAGGCUUUGUAUUAAAGUCCUGCAGACACUUAGAGAGAUGAUGACUAAAGACAGAGGAUACGGGGAGAAGCCCAUGGGAUUUGAUGAUGAGAUGGAUGUCACUGAGGUGGUGGGUGUCAGUCUGCCACCCAAACAGCUGGAGGAACAGAGGAGGGGGGAGGCUCUGCGGCAGCUGCUUGUCAGUCGUUACUAUGGCUUCAGGAGUAGUGGGCGGAGAGAGAGUCAGACCUUCAGUAACUCCACCCUGAUACCUGUUGGACCAAUUAAGAGCCAGUCAGGGGGUUUGAGUAGAGCCGAGAUGUCACUGAUGGAGGUACAGUGUCAUCUGGAUCGUGAGGGGGCAUCUGACCUGGUCAUCGAUCUCAUCAUGAAUACUACCAGUGACCGUGUCUUCCACGAGAGCAUCCUAUUGGCCAUUGCAUUAUUGGAAGGCGGGAACACCAUUAUACAGCAUUCCUUCUUCAAACGUUUAACAGAAGACAAAAAUUCAGAAAAGUUUUUCAGAGUUUUUUAUGAUAGAAUGAAGGCAGCACAGCUGGAGAUCAAAGCCACGGUUACUGUCAACACUAGUGACCUGGGAAACAGGCGGCGUGAUGACAACCCUCCAGACAAAGAUACCCCACAACGCUGGAGAGGAAAGGAUUCAGGUAUCAUGGUGACAGAUGAUGCUCGAGAGCAGCUGUUAGAAGCAUCUGCUGUGACUAAGAAGGCCUUUGGUUCAUAUCGACGAGAUGCUGAUCCUGAGGAAGCUUACAGCACUGUAGAUGGAGACAAGGGGGGUGGAGAUAAUGGGACGGAGCAGGGAGAAAUGAGCCCUGUCAUUCUCAUUAUGCAACCAAUCCUGCGAUUUCUACAGCUGCUGUGUGAGAACCACAAUCGAGACCUGCAGAAUUUUCUGCGCUGUCAAAACAACAAGAACAACUAUAACUUGGUGUGUGAGACCCUGCAGUUCCUGGACUGUAUCUGUGGCAGCACAACAGGAGGUUUGGGGCUGUUGGGCCUCUAUAUCAACCAGCAUAAUGUGGCUCUUAUUAAUCAGACUGUAGAGAGCCUCACUGAAUACUGUCAAGGACCCUGCCAUGAUAAUCAGAAUUGCAUUGCCACUCAUGAGUCAAAUGGCAUUGACAUCAUCAUUGCUUUGAUUUUGAAUGAUAUUAAUCCACUGGGAAGGAAAAGAAUGGACCUAGUUCUGGAACUAAAGAAUAAUGCAUCUAAACUACUGCUGGCCAUCAUGGAGAGUCGUCAUGACAGCGAGAACGCAGAAAGAAUCCUGUACAACAUGAGACCAAAAGAGCUGGUAGAGGUGAUGAAAAUGGCCUACCAACAGGGGGAGACAGAGUUUGAGGAGGAGGAGCAGGAGAACGGAGAGGACCAUGCUGCAUCACCUCGCAAUGUUGGACACAAUAUCUAUAUACUUGCACAUCAGCUAUCCCGUCACAAUAAAGAGUUGCAAAUACUACUAAAACCAGGUGGAGAGGAACAGGCCCUGGAGUAUUACACUAAACACACCUCACAGAUAGAGAUAGUCCGUCAGGAUCGCACUAUGGAGCAGAUAGUGUUUCCUGUACCAAAUAUCUGCUCUUUUCUGACAAACGAGUCCAAACUGCGUGUGUACUACGGAACAGAGAGAGACGAACAGGGUAGUAAGAUAAAUGACUUCUUCCUGCACGCAGAUGACCUCUUCAACGAGAUGAGGUGGCAGAAAAAACUAAGAGCUCAGCCAGUUCUGUACUGGUGUAGUCGGAACAUGUCGUUCUGGAGUAAUGUGUCUUUUAACCUGGCUGUACUCAUUAAUCUGCUGGUGGCGUUCUUCUACCCUCUGGAUGGAGUAAGCGACAGUCCACUUGAUCCAUCUCUUUCUCUCUUACUGUGGGUGUGUCUGUUGGGCUCAUUGGGGUUUGUGUUGAUGUCACCAAGGCCUAACGCAAUUAGAGUUCUGGUCAUCGCCACUGUUCUGCAGCUGGGAUUCUCAGUGGGGCUGCAACAUAUGCUUACACUGCUAGGAGCUUUUAAUGUGUGUAAUAAGAUAGUUUUCAUGCUGAGUUUUGUGGGUAACCGGGGGACAUUCACUCGUGGUUACCGGGUGAUGGUGAUGGACAGAGAGUUCCUUUUUCAUCUGCUUUAUCUUCUCAUCUGCACUCUGGGCCUUUUUGGACAUGUCUUUUUUUACAGUCUACUGCUGUUUGACCUGGUGAACAGGGAGGAGACUCUGUUGAAUGUAAUCAAGAGUGUGACUCGAAACGGCCGCUCUAUCGUGCUGACAGCUGUCUUGGGUCUCAUUCUGGUCUACCUCUUCUCUAUUGUGGGAUAUAUGUUCUUUAAAGAUGAUUUUAUCCUGGAGGUGAACAGAAUCUACAACAACACACUGGAGGAGGGAGUUAAUCUGGCCUCUGGUUUCCUGUCUGAGGGAGUCUGCAGCAUCAAAAAUGGGUCCUGUUUGCCUGUGGAAGAUGAGGGGGAUGAUGUAGAGCGAGCAUGUGAUUCUCUAUGGAUGUGUAUGAUUACUGUACUGAGUCACGGUCUCAGGAGUGGUGGUGGAGUUGGAGAUGUUUUGCGUAAGCCGUCUAAAGAGGAGCAUCUGUUUGCUGCACGGGUUGUAUAUGACCUGCUGUUCUUCUUUCUGGUGAUAAUCAUUGUGUUGAAUCUGAUCUUUGGUGUCAUUAUUGACACAUUUGCUGACCUAAGAAGUGAGAAGCAGAGGAAAGAGGAGAUCUUAAAGACCACAUGCUUCAUCUGUGGUUUGGAGAGAGAUAAGUUUGAUAAUAAAACAGUGACGUUUGAGGAGCACAUUAAAGAAGAGCACAACUUGUGGCACUACCUGUUCUUCAUUGUACUAGUGCGGGUCAAAGACUCCACUGAAUACACAGGCCCUGAAAGCUACGUCGCUCAGAUGAUCAGGGAGCACAAUCUAGACUGGUUUCCACGUAUGAGGGCCAUGUCACUGGUCAGCAGCGAUGGAGACGGUGAGCAAAAUGAACUGCGCAGUCUACAGGAGAAACUAGAGUCCACCAUGAGGCUGGUCUCCAACCUGACUAAUCAGCUCACAGAGCUCAAAGAGCAGAUGACUGAACAAAGGAAACACAAGCAGCGGAUUGGUCUGUUGGGAAACCCUGCCCACCUAAACAUCAACCCACAGCAGCCGGCAUGAGAGGCGGAGCCAGAGGACAGGCAGACAUAAUGGAGCAUCACUAAAACAUGCAUUUGCUCAUG